AUGGUUGGUCAACAUGCAAUUAAACGAAUUUGUUGCCUCUUCACAAUUGAAACUGUUCAACUUUGUUGUAGCGAUGGGGAUCUUAUUGAGGCUGUUGUUGUGGAGGUUGUGGUUAGGCUCAAGACAAGACAAAGAAAAGUGACUAGAGAUUUAGUUGGAAUGGAGGAUCGAAUAGCAGCCAUAAAUGGUUUAUUGGACAUCCAAUCCGGUGGUGUGCGGGUUAUUGGAAUUUAUGGGAUGAGUGGCAUCGGUAAAUCAACACUUACCAAGAUCAUCUAUAACCAACUAUGUCCUCGCUUUGGGAAAAACUGUAGCUUUCUUGAUGGUGUAAGGGAAACAACAAAAACCAAGGGCUUAGUCAAGUUGCAAGAACAAUUGCUAUAUGAUAUCUCUAAUUCUAGAGUGGCUCGCAACAUUGAUAACAUUGAUUAUGGAAUCAAUACGAUUAGAGAAACAAUUUGCAACAAGAAGGUACUAGUUGUAUUGGAUGAUGUUGAUGAGGGAAACCAAAUCGAAUACCUUAUUGGAAUUGAUUCUCUGUACAAUGGUACUAGGAUACUUGUUACCACUAGGGACAAAAGUGUUAUAAAAAUUAGGGGAUUGAAGUAUGAAAUUGUGCCUUAUGAAAUGGAGGUGUUAAGCGACAAAGACGCACUUCAACUUUUUAGUAGGCAUGCAUUUGAUGCUGACUUUCCUCCAGACAAACUAUAUGACACUUCAAAAGACAUUGUCUCUACUACGGAUGGACUACCUUCAGCUCUUCGAGCAAUAGGUUCAUUGCUUUUUCUUCAGAAAGAGGAAAAAAUAUGGCAAGAGAUGCUAGAGAAGCUAAGAAAAACACCUACUAGCGAUGUCUUGGGAAAGCUAAGGAUUACUUAUGAUGCCUUAGAAAUGGAUCAGCAGCAGAUAUUCCUCGAUAUUGCAUGCUUUUUCAUUGAUAAAGAUAAGACUAAUCCAUUCUUUGUGUGGAAAGACUGUGGGUUUAGCCCAGAGUAUGCUAUUGAUGUCCUUAUUAACAAAUGCACUAUAAAGGUUUUAGACGAAAAUAAGUUUUGGAUGCAUGAUCAAUUUAGAGAUCUUGGAAGGACAAUUGCUAAUCAAGAGCGUUCCAGGUUGUGGGCUCCAGAUGACAUCAUUCACGAAUUAAGAUCAAUAGAGACCGUGCCUAACCUCUCAAAUCUUACUAAUCUAGUUGAACUACUUCUAUCUGAUGGUUCUGAAUCUAAGGCCACAUCAAAUAUAAUUAAAGCUUGUGACCUACAGUGGAUAGGGAGGUUAUCCAAAUUGAGGAAGCAGCACUUGUGCCUUUUAAAUGUCCGCGCGCAGCCUACAGAGUUGGGCUCCCUUUCUCUCCUAAAAAAACUUACCAUGUAUGGAUUAGACUUUGAAUCCCUCGAACAACUUCCGUCAAGCUUGAUAGUUCUAGAGCUCGAUCGCAUUCAAGUGAAACAAGUACAACUAGAUGGGCUUCCUCAAUUGGAAAAGUUGACUAUCAGAAUGUGUGAACUUGUCAAAAGAUUAUCCUUUCCAUCAGGUUUAAGAAAACUGAGAGAAGCUGAGGUGUCUUCUUGCACUGAGCUAGUCGAAGUUCAAUUUCUCGGUGCCUUAAUAUCGCUGGAGGAAUUAUGUAUUGAGGACUGCAGAUCUUUAGAGAGGUUUGUUAAUCCAUCGGAGGAGCUAGGGUGUAAUGAGCUACAAGCUACCAAGUUGACUAAUGGUGGGAGGAAAGUGUCCAUUGUCUCAAGCUUACUAAAGAUGCUUCAAGUAUUCCAGCUGUUGAGGUGCCCAAAGCUAGAGGAGAUUCAAUUUGCUUGUAUGUUCAAAUCAUUGGGAGUAUUUUCUGUCGAAGGGUGCACUUCAUUAAAAAGGAUAGGCGGUUUGUCAAAUUUGAAGAACUUGACGCGGUUAGGUAUUGUAGAGUGUGAGAGCCUGCAAGUUGUAGAGGGCGUGGACGAAUUAGAGCAUUUGGAGCAGUUGAAAGUUUAUAGGUGCAGAUCAAUGGAAAGGAUGAUUGAUGUAUCAAGCUCAAAAAAACCAAAGGAGUGCCAGAUUCAAAUGAGGGAUUGUGGGGAGUUAUUGGACAUUGGUCCAGAUGAUUCAAGCAUCACUUGGGAGUCUUACAGAGAGAAGAUUCUGAAUGCCCCAGCACGAGCGUUGGGCUUAAAGCUUGAAACAACUCUUUACGACUAUGAAACAAAAAUAGAAACAAGGGAUCUUCUAUUGGAACAGCAAGAUGAUAGUGACAAGCAUGAGGAUGGUGACAAGGUCGAUGGCAGGGAGGAUGACAAUAGCGAGGACAGUGGCAAGGAGGAUGACGACGAUGACAACCAUGUGAAUAUAGAUGAUGAUGAUGAUGGCAAGGAGGAGGAUGAUGACGACAACCAUGUGCAUGUGGACAAUGAGGAUGACGAUAGCGAAGAUGAUGAGAAUGUGCAUUCAUCGGGCAGGCCUUCGCCGGUUUGUUCCAUGGGCAAUAAUGAUAAGAACGAGGGUGUCGACAAGGAAGGUCAAUGUGAAGGUGAUGGCAAUAGUGAUAGCAAGGACAACGAGGACGAGAAUGAUAACGGUGAGGAUGACGAGGACAACAAUGUACAUGAGCUUUUGCAUUCGUCUGACGGGCCUUCUCUAGUUGGUUCUGUGGACGGUAAUGAUGAGAACGACAAUGUUGUCGAGGAAGGUCAAUGGGAAGGCAACAUCAGCAGCCAUAGCAAGGACGACGAGGACGAGGAUGAUGAUGGUGAGGAUGACGAGGACAACAAUGUGCAUCGGCUUUCACAUUUGUCUAGCGGGCCUUCUCUAGUUGGUUCCGUGGAUGGUAACGAUGAGAAUGAUGAUGUCGACGAGGAAGGUCAAUACGAAAGUGAUGGCAACAGCCAUAGCAAGGAUGAUGAGGACGAGGACAAUGACGGUGAGGAUGAUGAGGACAACAUUAUGCGUGAGCUUUCUCAAUCAUCUCGAGGGCCUUCACCGGUUGGUUCCGUAGAUGAUAACGUCGAGAAUGACGAUUUCAAUGAGGAAGGCGAAGGUGACGGCUAUAGCUAUAGCUAUGGUGACGGCAAUGACGAUGAGGGCAAGGAUGAGGAUGAGGAGAGGGAUGAUGAAGAAGGCGAACAAGAGCAAGAUGACGGUGAUGACUACAACAACAAUGAAUACGAUGAAGACACGAAAGACAAUAGCGAUAAAGCUGGUGACGAGGGUGACUACAACAGCGAGGUUGAUGACGGCUACUAGGACGACAAUGCGCAAGAGGUUCUGUGGUUAUCUCGUGGGCCUUCGCGGGUUCAUGUUGUGGACAAUGACAAUAAGGAGGAAGGCGAAAGGCAAAGGCAAAGGCGAAUGCAAUGGCAACAAUGAGGACAAGAAAGAGGGCAUUGAUG